GGUGAGAUGGGGAGGGGAGAGCAGGGAGGCGCUGGGCAGACCCUGAGAGAAGGGGCACAAGGGAAGGGUGUGGGUUCCCCCAUUGGCAGCGCCAGGUGAGCUAUGGUGUCCCAGCUGCCUCUACUGCUUCUCUUCCUGCUGUGCCCACUGGGUGGGCAUGGCUGCCAUGGGCCAGAGGUGGACCGAGAGCUCAUCUUGGCCAAGGUCAGGGCUCUGUUCCUGGAUGCCUUGGGGCCCCCUCCUUUGACGGGGGAAGGUGAGGCUCCUGCAGUCAGGCGGCUUCCCCGAAGACACGCUCUUGAGAGUUUCUCACGCCGGAACUCGGAGCCAGAGGAGGAGGAUGUCUCCCAGGCCAUCCUUUUCCCAACCACAGGUGCCAGUUGUGAGGACCAGCCAGCAGCCGGACAUCUGGCACAGGAAGCCGAGCAGAGCCUCUUCAUGUACAUGUUCAGGCCGUCCGAGCACAUGCGCAGCCACAAGGUGACUUCGGCUCAGCUGUGGUUCCACACUGGGCUAAACGGGCAGGGCACGGUGAUCUCCAACAGCUCUGAGCCCUUGCUAGGCCUGCAGGUGCUGUCCUUGGGGGGGCCCACGGCUGUGCCUAUGUCCUUGGGCCAGGCACCCCCUCGCUGGGCUGUGCUGCACCUGGCGGCCUCUGCUCUCCCACUGCUGACUCAACCAGUGCUGGUGCUGCUGGUGCGCUGCCCUCUCUGUGUCUGCUCUGCCCGGCCUGAGACCACGCCCUUCCUCGUGGCCCACACACGGGCCAAACCACCUGGUGGAGGGGACAGAACCCGCCGCUCGGCUCCCCCGAUGCCCUGGCCUUGGUCUCCUGCAGCUUUGCGCCUGCUCCAGAGAGCUCCGGAGGAACCCACUGCCCACGACUACUGCCACCGAGCAGCACUCAACAUCACCUUCCAGGAGCUGGGCUGGGACCGGUGGAUCGUGCACCCUCCCAGUUUCAUCUUCCACUACUGUCAUGGUGGCUGUGGGCUGCCCACCCCAGCAGACACACCCCUGCCCAUCCCUGGUGUGCCCCCGACCCCAGUCCCCGCACUUUCUUUGGUGCCAGGAGCCCAGCCCUGCUGUGCUGCCAUUCCAGGAACCAUGAGGUCUCUACGUGUCCGUACCACGUCAGAUGGCGGUUACUCCUUCAAGUAUGAGAUGGUGCCCAACCUUCUCGCACAGCAUUGUGCUUGCAUUUAAGUCUGUGUGUGUGUGGGGGGGGGGAAGUGUCCUGCUGUCUUACUUCAGGGCUGGUGGCCCAAACCCCACUGGCAUCAAAGGGAAACAAAGGCAGUGUUCAGAACGUAAAUGGUUCCCGAUUUCCACCCUCCACUCGCCUGCCUGAAAGUUCCCCUCCGUUCUACGGUAACUUGUGACAAUAAACAACUCAGUGCAUA